UCCCCUCCCCUCCCCUCUCCAUCCAUCUCCGUCUCCUCCCCCAUUCCCCGACCUCCCAGAUCUCCAAGGCGAGAAGCCCUCGAGGGCGCCCACCCCGCACGGAGAGAUGUCGGCGAGCAGCGCGCCGGUGGACGCGUCGGGGGAUCCGAUCCCGACCUCGUCGGUGCUGAUGGCGGCGUCCAAGCACAUCGCCGUGCGGUGCCGGCCGGAGAACGUGGCCUUCCUCAACUGCAAGAAGAAGGACCCCAACCCGGAGAAGUGCCUCGAGAAGGGCCGCCAGGUCAAGCACUGCGUCUUCAACCUUUUGAAAGAACUUCAUCAGAAGUGCCCCAAGGAGAUGGACGCCUAUGCCGGCUGCAUGUACUACUACACCAAUGAAUUUGACUUCUGUCGCAAGGAGCAGCAAGAUUUUGAGAGUGCUUGCCCCGUUUCUGAGUAGCCCCCGAGGGUUCUACUUCCAAUGAUCUGCAAAUAAGGAGAAAAAGCCAACAAACCAAGUUCAUGAUCUCCCAUGUUUGUUGUCCUCACAGAAUUUUUCUUUAUGGGUGACUAGCACGCCUCUGGGCUUUUCAUCCUGCUUAUCAUUAUUCCCAUGCAAGAUUUUCACCAAUCAACAACACUGUUUGAAUUGGAUGUCAAUCUUGAGUCAGCUGUAGCCCUAAGAUAAAAUGAUCGACGGUGUUAUUUUUCCAAGUCUCAUUGUUUCU